AUGCUUCAAAAUGCAGUCAGAGACCUGAUUGGAGUUACCCAAUCCACCGUCAGUAGAACCAUUAAACUUGUCACGGAGGCCCUUCUUCGGUUGAAGAACUAUCCAAGUUUCUUAACAUGCACAGGUCUCCGAACACAUUCGCGUGGAUCGACAAUACACAAGUUCCCAUCCAUCCAGGCACCCGGCGAGCAGGAACAUGAGUUCGUGAACAGGAAAAACUUCCAUUCGUUAAAUGUGCAGGUGGUUUGUGAUGCAGACCUUCUGUACAUCAACGUAGUUGCAAAUUGUCCUGGAUCUGUGCAUGAUGCCUAA